AUGCCGUCGAUUGGCAAGGCCACCGACAACGGCGAGAUGAAGCAGCGGCGGCCGGAGCAGGAGCUGGUCUGCGUCACCGGGGCCGGAGGCUUCAUCGGCUCCUGGGUCGUCAAGGAGCUCCUCCUCCGCGGCUACCGCGUCAGGGGAACCGCCAGGGACCCCGCUGACCGCAAGAACGCGCACCUGCUCGCGCUGGAGGGCGCCGAGGAGAGGCUCACCCUGUGUCGCGCCGACGUCCUCGACUAUGAAGGCCUCCACGCCGCCUUCCGCGGCUGCCAGGGCGUCUUCCAUGUCGCCUCCCCGGUCUCCAACGACCCUGACCUUGUGCCAGUCGCCGUCGAGGGAACCAAGAACGUGAUCAGAGCGGCGGCGGACGCCGGCGUGAGGCGUGUGGUGUUCACGUCGUCCUACGGCACCGUGCACAUGAACCCCAACCGCGGCCCUGACGCCGUGCUCGACGAGUCCUGCUGGAGCGACUACGACUUCUGCAAGAACACAGGCAACCUCUACUGCUGCGCGAAGAUGAUGGCGGAGAUCACUGCGACAGAGGAGGCCGCUAAGAGGGGCCUGGAGCUUGCAGUGGUGGUGCCGUCCAUGACCAUGGGCCCCAUGCUGCAGCAGACGCUCAACUUUAGCAGCAGCCAUGUCGCCCGCUACCUCACCGGCGCCAAGCCCACCUACCCGAACGCCGUCGCCGCCUACACCGACGUCCGCGAUGUCGCCCGUGCACACAUUCUCGUCUACGAGCACCCCAACGCGCGUGGCCGCUACCUCUGCAUCGGUGCCGUGCUACACCGCGCACAUUUCCUGCAGCUGCUCGGCGACCUCUUCUCGCAGUACCACAUAACUGCCAAGUGCGAAGACGACGGCAAGCCCAUGGCGAAGCCGUACAAGUUCUCAAACCUGAGGCUGAGGGAGCUGGGGUUGGAGUUCACUCCGUUGAGGGAAAGUUUGUAUGAGACGGUGACAUGCUUGCAGAAAAAGGGCCACCUUCCUCUGCCCGUUGUUCCCAUAACACAAAAGCGUGCCUACUUGUAACAGGCCACGGGACAAGCCUGCCUGAUGAAAUAAACAGAGCAAAGCAGGAAUGAAAGAAGAAGAUGAACAAGAAAUCAUGUUUUCUAAGAUUCAACAUGGAAUUGUGUGUUUCUACAAGUAUAAAGUGUAGCAUGUAAAUACUACUAUUAUGUAAUGAAUGAUGAUACUGUCAUUCUGGUUCAAUGAUAAACAGAGCAAAGCAGGAGGAGCAAAAGAAGGCUUUUUCCUAGGAAGAAAUCAGGAUUUUAGGGAU